AUGAGUGAAACACUAACCACAACUCAAUUCGCGCCAAAAACAAAAGACACCGAUAAUACCCUACACUGUAUUUGGAAGGAUUUUGUGGGCAUCUGUUGGCCAUACAUUCAAUUACGUCUGACGGCAAUAGCGCGCGCCGUAAUUAUGCCCGAUCUACUGUUUUUGGCGGUGGGCGACCACUUUAGCACUUACUGCAAACGGUCUAGUUACCACCAGGUGAAAUACGCCCAGAUUGUCAAUAGCAAACUGGCCGAAUCCAAACAAUUACGCGACCGUUUCAUCGGUUAUUUGACAGAAAUGUUUAACGAGAAUAAAGUGCAGUCCGAGGACUUGAGCCAAAUUAUAUGCAAAAACCCAAUUACCCUCGUUGCUCGUAAAUUCUUUCGCGAUGUAAUUGAGCUGCAUCCCGACGAAGAUGGUUUCAGGGACUACGCCCGGGAGAGGCAACUUUUUUUCACAGGACAAUAUGAGAGAAUGGAAGAGAUGUACAAAGUUAGGGCCGCCCCACAGUGCGAGCCUAUGAAGGAGUCCUAUCCACCUGGUCAAUUUAAAACUUACAUGUUGGCCCUGUCCAAGAUAUUGAUGAAAUCACCCGUGAAAUUUAUUUCGCCUGAAAUUUACCUUAAAAAAGCCAUAUCAAUGGACCCUGGUCAACUUGCCGCUCUACCAUUCAUGUUACCGAUCACCGAUGUGGCAGCAUAUGUACCCCUACCUGAUUCGAAACUCGCAAAACCCAUCACUGAUCUAGCACACAAUCUGCCCAUUUGGGACAAGGCUUUUGGUGGUGGUGGAGGGGGUUCACCCUUAUCUAGCAUACCAUUUCUUGGAGGUGGUGGUGGAGGUGAUAAAGGAAGUUCACCCCUGUCUAGCAUACCAUUCCUUGGCGGUGGUGGAGGCGGAGAUAAAGGUGGUGGGUCGCCCCUGUCUAGCAUACCAUUCUUUGGUGGUGGUGGAGGUGGGUCACCCCUCUCAUCCAUCCCUGGUAUGUCCGGAGGUUCACCCCUGUCGGCCAUCCCUGGUAUGGGUGGCGGGUCAUCACCCCUGUCGGCCAUCCCUGGUAUGGGUGGGGGAUCAUCACCCCUCUCGGCCAUCCCUGGUAUGGGUGAUGGGAAAUCACCUCUCUCGUCUAUCCCUGGAAUGUCCGGUGGGUCACCCUUUUCAUCCAUCCCUGGUAUGGGUGGAGGUUCGCCCUUCUCUGGCAAAUCAUCGGACUCUGACUCGUCUACCAAAGAAUCCUAUUCUGAUUCGCGGUAUAGAGGAUCACAAUCUGAUUCGCCGUCCAAUAGAUACAACUCUGACUCACAGUCGAGAGGAUACAACUCUGAUUCAGAGUCCAGAAAAUACAACUCUGACUCACAGUCCAGAGGUUACAACCCUGACUCACAAUCCAGAGGAUACAACCCUGACUCACAAUCCAGAGGUUACAACUCUGACUCACAGUCCAGAGUUGGCAUAAAAGUUUGCAGUGCUAAAGGUGUUGUGUAUAUUUUGUUGGCCAUAAUUGGCGCCGUUUACUGUAAUACUAAUCACGACAUAUCGGACGAGAUAUUUGAAAACACAGUAGAGAAGUACGAAUUCCUGGGCAAUGGUAUCCAACAGUCGGAACAAAUGGCCGAAAUCAUGAUUGAAUGUGUGAUUCAGGGCAGAGCGACAAUUCCCACCCGAAUGUAA